GUGUAUUCGAUAAUUAAUAUUUAAUUAUGCGGUGAGAAAAUGAACUAGAAUAGUUGAUUCGGGGGAGAACAUUGAUCGAAAUGGUGACUGCAACGAGAGACCCUCGAGAUCGACCGACGGAGAUCGAAGUUGGCAAGCCGAGCCACACGGAACAGCUUACCAAAUGGAUAACCGAUGUGCGUUACAAGAAGCUGAAAUGCUACCGCAGCCCGAAGCGCGACUUCCGGGUGGAAGCCGUGCUGACCCGUACCUUGCACAAGGCUGAAUACGAGCUGCGGGUCAAACAGUUAUCCAGGAUGCACCGAUGGCGGCGGUUGAGAAAGCAGCUUCUCAAGGGAGUGGAGUACGGCAGUUGCGGCUUGUACAAUGCGGCUGAACGAGAGUUCAUAAAGUGUAAGAAGAAUUCUUCCACGAAGGAGAACAAUCCUUGGGGAGGAAACCUGUGCGAAGACCUCAGCAGCUUGGAUGAGUUCCUGCAUCAGCUCGGCACAGUGAAGUCGGUCGUGCGGCGGUGACUAGAUUUGGAAGACUUAUCCCAAUUACUGAAGCGCAAAGUCCAAAGAGAUUCAUGUGGCAAUAAAACCUUGAAUCCUCUACGGCUAGACUUAUCCAAAUCCGCAAGAAACCUUGCGUCACCGUCCACAACGGAACAAAGAGUAGGGGGAAGCACUUUGCUCAAAAUGGACGAAAACUUUUGGACCGGUUCAGUUUUUACGGAAAGCGACGGAGCACCAUGGAAGCUGUGUUCUCAUGUCGGCGACUUCGACAUGAACUUUUAGGAAGACGUUUUUGCAAUUAGCGAAGAUCCAUCCGGAAGCCUUUAACAGAAUAUUUUGGAGAAUGCUUAAGCGGCACUUUGCAGCCUCAUCGUUACCCUGAUAUAUAUCUGGGUGUUUUUUAC